CAGCUGGGUGGUUGGCUCGGCGCUCCUGCAGACGGAAAGAAAAUGAUGUGUAUGGACGAGAGGUUUGGCCUCCAAGCAGGAAAGUGCGUUGUCUUGUCCUUCGGGAUAAAUAACGAGUGGUCUUUUGAAGAUGAUGUCGAAAGGCUGGGAUGUAAGGUGUACGCCUUCGACCCCACCAUGGGUAAGGAGGACCACCAGAGAUCACCCAACGUCAGGUUCUUCAAGCUGGGCAUCUCAGACGUCGAGGGAAAGAAAGGGAUCGGUAUGAAUAAUGAUCCCCUGGACUUUAAUUUUCCCAAGACGUUCCCCGUCGACCGCUACGAGAACAUCGUCCGGCGUCUGGGACUCGAAGGCCGCGUCAUCGACUACGUCAAGAUGGACAUCGAACUCGCCGAGCUGGACGUCCUGCGCGACCUGCUGGACAACUCGCCUCGCCUCCUCAGGAACAUCAACCAAUUAGCUAUAGAAAUCCACCACGAUCUGAGACACGGAGACUUUGGCCCCAACAGCACCGCAAAAAAAUUCUGGCCAUUUUACCACAGGCUUCGGUGUCACGGUUUCUCCAUCAUUAGCUCUCGAGACCAAAUCUUGUGGCGGGAGGUGGUAUGGGCGCGUGACACUGCUGGCAUCCCGUGACAGCGACAGUGAAAAUCAUCAGUGGUGACGCGAGGCAGGAGUGACAGGAGAUACCGAAAAUAGUGAAUUAUAAGUAACAAGUAUUAGUAGAAAGAGUGUUAAACCUUGAGAAAUGAAGGCAAAAAAUAUCACCGUGAGUUUUAGUGCAAAGUGGCAUUGAAAUUAGCAGUGAUAAGUGAGUAAUGUGAGUCAUACCAAGCGUUGUAGUGGCAUAUGACAGUGAAGACGGAUUGUGCAAAUAGCAGAUGAUAUGACAGUGAUUGAGAUGAUACAAAAUUACAGCAAACCAGUUGGGUAAUUAUGUCAACAUCAACAAUUCUAACAGUGGAAA